CUGAAUAGGCUAUUCUUGGGACAGCGGUUCCUGACAGAUAGGAACAAGGGGAGUGUUGUGUUGUUUUGGUUUUUUUUUUUUUUCCUCCUCUGGCCUGUCUUAAUGCUCUGCUUCCCUCUAAUUUUUUCCUUGUUCCCGAAUUACUGAAUCAUCCUAAAUCGUUGGAUGCCAUCUGGGACGUGUUCUUGCCCUUGUACCAAAGGAGCCCUCUCAGGCAUGAUCCAGGCUGUGAUCCUCACACAGCACCAGCUUUUCUUUCGCAGCAGGAUGACGGUGACACUCCUAAGAGCAUGGAGGGUUAUCCUGCUACAGCUGUGUCUGUUGUAAUGCUUUUAAACCCCUUGUUUUAGCCCCUCUAAUUCCAAGGGACAGCGCUUGGAAUGCUCCAGUGAUCUACCUUGCAAGGGGGAGAUCCAGGUGAGGACCACUUCUUCAUGCCAUGUCCGUAUGAUGCAGGUGAUACGGUGACUCUCAUUGCAGAGCUAAGAGACUGCGCAGUCUGGUUCAAAUGCCUAAGCGUGACUUUGGAUGCAUGCUGCCUCUGUGCAUGCUUUCACAAAUUGGGUGGGGUAAGACAGCUUCCAAAAUACGCUGCGCAGAAGAAUUGUUCUUCUCAGCUCUGUCGAGGCCUCUGAGCUCCUUGCUGCAAGGAAGAGGACAGGGCCGCCCUGAGCCAUGUCCAGCGACCCUCCGCCACCCUACCCGGGAGGCCCCUCGGCACCGCUGAUAGAAGAGAAGCAUGGCCCCCCGCCUGCGGCAGCCCCCGGGGCCCACACGGCGACAGUCCUCGUCCCGUCGGGGGCUGCCACCACAGUGACGGUGCUGCAGGGAGAGAUCUUCCAGGGCGCCCCCGUGCAGACGGUGUGUCCCCACUGCCAGCAAGCCAUCACCACCAAGAUCACCUACGAGAUCGGGCUCAUGAGCUUUCUUCUUGGCUUCUUCUGCUGCUUCGUGGGGUAGGAGCUCUGCU